GUUCCUUUUCUCGCCACCAUGAUUGUUUCAGACUCCGACUCAGCUUCCGCAUCGUCCAACUCUCGUCAUGCCGAUCAAUCGGCCUCUGGCCGUGACCCAAGCUAGACUCAAUCGUCCCAUUCGUCCCCACUGGCCAUGCCCGGCCAAAAGCUACGCCGAUUAAGGAAGCAAUUUCCUUCUUCGACCCCAGUACGGGGGGCUCGAGGGUUAAGCUGGACGAGAGCAUCAUGGCAUUGUGCCAUUACCACGUCACUGACCGGGGGUUCACUGAUGCUAAUGAUAUGGUUGGACCCUCCAUUGAGGUUCUAAGGCCUACCAGCACCCAGACCGCCCUAGACGCUCCGUCGGGGUUCUUUACAGUCCAUCUGGCGUCCCUGAAGAAGGGAUGCAAGGAUAUAGGGGUGAAACCUACCCUCGACCACUUCCUGUUCACUUUCAAGCUGACCAAGGGUCACAAGGAUUGGGCAUCCUAUGCCAGUCUUUCCCAAAGGUCCGGCAAACUGUUCACCAGCGACAAGAAGGGAUCGACCAAGGACUGGAAGCCCUUCUUCGUCUUUGUCUCGAUGGGGCCCGAAUCUCCUUUCACGGGUUCAGGGCUCCCAUCUUUCCGUCGCCUCCCUUGUCCCCCAUCUGACGCCACCCUCUUGUCCAUGACCCACCAACUAUGCGGCCGAGGGGCUGUCAAUAUUAAGGAAGUGGUGACCGAGGAGUCUCUUGCCAAGAUGGGAUUUGAGUUCGUCCAAGACGAACUUCGUCACCAACCUGAGCUGUUGAGGGAUUUUCCCGGAGGCGGUCAAUCCGACCAACCAAGGGGCAUUUCCGGGGAAGGUCUUGAUUGUGGUCCUUUUGGUAAUUUACCCCCUUUUUUGCCAAAAUGUUCUAGUUCACCCCAUUCACUAGCUAACCAUUUUCCGCUUUUAGUUGAGUUGCAGGAUCUAGGAGAAGAGAUGGACAGUGAUCUCAUGCUCAGUCGCUUCACGGCGGGGAGGAAGAGGAAGAGGGAGGCGAAGGACCAAGGCAAGCGCACUUCCUCCCACCGAAGGGAUAGUUCUUCUCAAGAGCUGGUUGUAAUCGUGGUGGAGGAUCAAGAUGAUGCGGCCCCAGAAACGGGCACAAUGGCGGCCCAUUCCUCUCUGCCCCCUCUGGUGCCAGGUGGCGACCUUGCUGGGUCGUCCCAAGGUAUUGUCCCGGAGCGACCUCCUUCGUCGCCCGCAGUGACCUACGAGGUGGCAACCGAGGGUCGCUCGACGAGGCUCAGCAUUCCUCCCCCACCCCAAAGUUUAGGAGACGUGCAGCUGGAGACCUUGAUCACCCUGCCUGCGGAAGAACAGGCCCGCAUCUCGGCCGGUUCCGAGGACGACCUCGACAACAUGGUCCUCUUGAGACUUAGCCAGGCUACGUUGGGGAUGAUUGAGGUCGUUGGCAGGAAGCGGGGCCGCCAAGCGGCUUCGGAUGAGGCGAUGAAGGCAGCGGAAGCCAAGCAGAAGGAAUUACAAGAGGAGGUCGCUCGCCUCAUGAAGGAGUUAGAGGAGAAGGAGAGCCGAUGCGCUACGCUUGAGGCAGAGAAAGCCUCCCAAAUGGACCGCUGCGUCGCUCUUGAGGCAGAUAAAACUUCCUUGUCUUUGGAGGUGGAAUCUGUUUCCGCUCGCGUGGUCGAGUUGGAGGGGGAGAAGUCUGACCUAAUCAAGCAGUUGGAGAUGGAGAAGAGCGACCGAGCCCGCCACACAGAGGGAGCGGUAGAAUCCUUUAAGUCCUCUCCUGACUUUACAAUGGUCGCCCUGGAGCGGAUGGAUAAGCUGACAGCCGAAUGACUCAAAACUGAACCUGGGGCCCAAUUGAUGGUCAAAGAGGGGACCAAGUCCUUCAAUUGUGGACUCUUCCGCGCUCAACAGGUCU